CUGCGCGUUCGACUGGUUCUGCUCGUUGCUCUGCGCAGGCGUCGCCGUCGGGUUCCCGGGCCGCUCUGGAGCUCGGACCCGGGCGUCGCGACAUGGCGACUUACAGCCUCGCCAACGAGCGGUUGCGGGCCCUGGAGGACAUCGAGCGGGAGAUCGGCGCCAUCCUGCAAAGCGCGGGGAACGUGAUCCUGGAGCUGUCCAAGGAGAAAGCCAAUGAACGGUUCCUAGACCGGCAGGCAGCGGCCUUCACCUCCUCCGUGCAGCGCGUGGAGGCCGAGCUUUCCGGCCAGAUCCGCUACCUCACCCAGGUGGCCACGGGGCAACCCCACGAGGGCUCCAGCUACUCGGCCCGGAAGGACUGCCAGAUGGCACUGAAGCGGGUGGACUAUGCCCGGCUCAAGGUUGGCGAGUUGGCCUGCACCUGCGAGCAGAUGCUGGACAUGUAGGUGGGUGGGGAGGGACCCCCGGGUCCCGUCCACCCCCGGGCAGAGCCAGUUCCAAAGAUAGCUUGGAGUGGGCUAGCGGCUCCCUCGGACGGGAUGCCAGAGACCCCGUCCCAGUUGGACAGAGGUGAGGCUUGGGGGGCGGGGCCUACCCGAUGCCCCUUCCCUCUUGGACCGAGCUCAGGUUACUUGGACCGAGAUUGAGCGGGUUACUUCUCCCCGGUACGGACCAGAGGCUGAAGAGCGUCUGGACCAAAGCGCCGCCGAGCCUGACCCCUGUCCUGGGUGCCCGGAGGCGGCCCGCUGACCGGUAAUAAAAUAGGUGUAGCCAGG